AUCUCAGAGUAAAUCCAGUUCACUCUUUGUCUUCUCCGAAAUAUUGUCCUUCUGUUCGUAAUACAUAAAGAAAAAUACAUUUCAGUCCUUCCAUAAAUAUCUUGCCCCUAAACCCUAGAGUUUUCGAACAUGGCACGGCAUCACCGAAAAAGUCCAUCACGAAUCUGUCAUUUUGUUACCUGUUUUCUGCUAAUACCAAUUAUUAUCAUUCUACUGGGCGUUUCGCUUGCCACGGACAAUUGGAUUUUAACUACAGUCGACCGAGAUUUGUUUUCCCUUGAACAACUUAAAACAACAUCGGAUCCGGAAAAUUACGAGCACAGCCGUAUUGCAUAUAACCGUAAGAUCGGUAUAUUUCGGGAAUGCUAUCUUGGAAAGUUUCCAGCUUUUUUAAGAUCCAAGAGUGGAAGCUGCCACUCGAUAAACUACACGGUUCCAGAGGAGAAACAAUUGACUUUAGAACUCUGGCAGCAUUUACAACUGAAGAGAACUCAACUGGCUUGCAUGAUCCUGGCGCUGUUUUUCUGCUCAGUUACUUUCACCUUUGCUGUCUGUUGUUCAAAUCCCGCUAUGGCCAUCUGCUUAGCUCAUGUCUAA